GAUCGCCCCCAUUCUUUCCAUUAUUCCAGCACAGGGAAGUAACAGAGGCAUCGUCGUCGUCGUCGUCAUCAGCAUUAAGCUGAAGAGUCAAAGCCCUCAAGCCCCGACACCCUUCUUCUCCCCUUAACGAAUUCCUCCAUUUUUUUUUGCUCUCCAAACUAAAACCCUUGCUCCAUUGCGUACUCAUACCCAAUUAUUCACUCCCGGAGGAACCGGCUUGCUUUGUCGAACCUGGGAUCAGCUUUAUAUAUCCAACAGAUGCUGACGGAAGUAUGCAGUUGAUGGUUGGGAGAAAUGCAAAGGUAUCAUCCUGCCAGCUGCACUAGUGCAGUUAAUAAUAGUGCAAUAGGUGGGCCAUCAGCAAGGGAUACUGUCCGAGCUGAUUCUUCUUCAUUGCCAGCCAAUUUCCCCUUAAAUUCCAGGCGGCCAGCUCCACUUACAGCUUACAAGUUGAAGUGCGAGAAGGAGGAUUUAAAUAACCGGCUAGGGCCUCCCGACUUUCACCCUCAAACUUCAAGCUGUCCUGAGGAGAACCUCACCAGAGAGUAUGUGCAGUCUGGAUACAGAGAAACUGUUGAAGGGCUUGAGGAGUCCAGAGAGAUCUUCUUGACUCAGGUUCAAGCCUUUUCUAAGCAUCUUGUCAUCAAGUGCAAAGAUGCUACAAGAAAACGUCUAAGGGCCAUAAAUGAUUCGCGUGCUCAGAAACGGAAGGCUGGUCAAGUUUAUGGUGUUCCCCUAUCUGCUUCUUUGUUAACAAAACCUGGCAUUUUUCCUGAACAAAGACCUUGUGGUGAGGAUUUUCGGAAAAAGUGGAUUGAGGGUUUAUCACAACAGCAUAAACGUUUGCGAUCUUUAGCUGAUAAUGUUCCUCAUGGGUAUAGGAAAAGGGCUCUUUUUGAGGUUCUCAUUAGGAACAAUGUCCCAUUGCUGAGAGCAACGUGGUUCAUUAAAAUUACUUAUCUUAAUCAGGUGCGUCCUAAUUCUGCCAGUAUUUCAUGUGGAGCAUUUGACAAAGCUCAGUUGUCCCGCACAGAAUUUUGGACCAAAGAUGUGGUUGACUAUUUGGAAUGCCUUGUGGAGGAAUUUUUUUCAAGAAGCAAUUCCCAUUUGACUCCACCAAACAAAGACCGGUCUCCACAAAUGUUUUCUGUUGGAUUCACUCAUACAAAGGGCGAUCCUCCAUCUGCAGUCUUUGAUGGUGAAGAGCCAUCAUUACAUUUCAAAUGGUGGUAUGUGGUCAGGCUCAUGCUAUGGCAUCAGGCUGAAGGGCUUCUGCUUCCCUCCCUCAUUGUCGAUUGGGUGCUGGGACAACUGGAGGAAAAUGAUGUUCUUGAGAUUUUGGAGUUGCUGCUGCCAAUUAUAUAUGGGGUUUUAGAUACAAUUGUUCUAUCUCAGACCUAUGUACGCACUCUUGUCAGAAUUUCUGUUCGGUUUAUUCGAGAUUCUUUUCCUGGUGGAUCAGAUCUAGUAGAUAAUUCAAGGAGAGCGUACACGACAGCUGCUUUGGUGGAGAUGCUUCGCUAUUUGGUUCUGGCUGUGCCCGACACAUUUGUUGCUUUGGAUUGCUUCCCGUUUCCGCCUUGUGUUGUAUCACAUACAGUUAAUGAUGGGAAUUUUGGGUCAAAGGUACCUGAAGAUGCAACGAAACUGAGAUAUACUUCGGCAGAAAUUGCCAGUCCAUUCAGAAGUAAAAGUAUUGAUUUUCAGUAUCAAUCCUCAGCUUUUGAUAAUGUUGUUUCAUCAAUAAGGAAAUGUGCCGACAAUCUUGCAAAGGCAGUAAACCCUAAAUUCCCAGUUUGCAGUGUGGCUAAAGCUGUGCAUGCAUUAGAUAAGUCUCUACUACAUGGAGAUAUUGGAGUAGCGUAUAAAUAUCUUUUCGAAGACUGCUGUAAUGGAUCCAUUUAUGAAGGUUGGUUUGAAGAAGUAAGCCCUUGUUUAAGAAUGUCAUUGAAAUGGAUCCAGACUGUCAAUGUGGCAUUCGCUUGUUCAGUAUUUUUUCUAUGUGAGUGGGCAACAUGUGAAUACAGGGAUUUUUGGAGUGCUGCACCUCGAGAGCUAAAGUUCACUGGUGGGAAAGAUUUUUCUCAGGUUUAUAUUGCCACUAGACUUCUGAAAAUGAAAGCCAAAGAUCUACAAAGUUUAUCUGGACUUAAAUUUGAAAACUCAAGUGGACUCAAUUCCACAAAGGGUUCUAGCCAUCAGAACAGUUUGUUUGGUAGGAAACCAGUUGGUAGUUUAUUUGAACCUAAAAGUAGGUUGAAAAAGUUGGGAGGUAAUGGUUCAUUGGACUUGUUUGAAAGUCCAGGUCCCUUGCAUGAUACUCUGGUUUGUUGGAUUGAUCAACAUGAAGUGCAAAAAGGAGAAGGUUUUAAGCGUGUUCAGCUUCUCAUAAUGGAACUUGUACGUGCUGGUAUAUUUUAUCCUCAUUCAUAUGUCAGGCAACUAAUAGUUAGUGGGAUUAUGGAUUCCAAUGGGCCAGCAGUUGAUUCAGAUAAAAGAAGGAGACACCAACAAAUCUUGAAGCAUUUACCUGGAAGAUUUAUGCGUGCCACUCUGGAUGAUGGAAAAAUUGCACAAGGAGCACAACUUGUAGAGGUUAUAAAUGUUUACUCCAAAGAACGUCGUCUGGUACUUCAUGGGCUCGUAUGCGAACAACAAAGCGACAUUAGUAGUGCAAAUAUAUCAUCCAAUAGAAAGCGAAAGAUGUGUCCGACCUCUGACAAGGUUUCUAGUUCUGUAACUUCUGUAAAUCAAUUGAAAUCUAUUCCGUCAUUGUCCAACACAAGCUCUACUAAAAGUGUCAAAAGUGAAGUUGACAUUGAAGAGAUGAAGGAAGCCAUCUCAUUUCUUUUGCGGUUUCCAAACAGUUUUUCACUUCCCACAGACACUGGCCUAGAUGAUACUACAGGGACUGGUAAAAAGUCUUUUGUGUCAGUGUAUGGAAAAAUAGAUAUUGGAGAAGCAACACAUGGCUGUGAAGAUUGUAGAAGAGCCAAAAAACAGAAAGUAAGUGAUGAAAGGAACUUGUACCUUCAUGGAUCUUCACCAAUUCCAUCAGAUGAUGAAGAUAUGUGGUGGGUGAAGAAGGGGCCUAAAUCCUCUGAAACAUUGAAGGUCGAUCCACCGGUAAAGACAACAAAGCCAGUUUCUAAGGGAAGACGCAAGACACAAAGUCUUGCUCAUCUAGCUGCAUCUAGAAUAGAAGGUAGUCAGGGUGCAUCAACGAGUCAUGUAUGUGAUAAUAGGGUAGCCUGUCCUCACCAUAGAUCUGGAAUAGAAGGUGAUGCUACCAGAGGAAUAGAUGGUAGCAAAAUAAGUGGAGAUAUUGCUUCUAUUGGGAAAAGUUUAAAACGUCUUAGACUUACAGAGAAGCGAGCAAUUUCAAGUUGGUUGAUGACUGCGGUUAAGCAGUUUAUCGAGGAGACUGAAAAAACUAUCUCAAAAGCUGGCCAGUUUGGUCGGACUUUAACAAUUGUUGAUGAUAGGAAUACUAUACGUUGGAAGCUUGGAGAAGAUCAGCUUUCAUCCAUAUUGUUUUUAUCAGAUGUAUGUAAUGAUUUUGUUUCAGGGGUCAAAUUUCUCCUCUGGUUGCUGCCAAAAGUCCUUAUUAGUUCAAAUUCUACAAUGAACAGCCGGAGGAGCAUUCUACUUUUACCAAAGAAUGUUGAAAAUCAAGUUUGUGAAGUAGGCGAAGCAUAUCUAUUAUCAUCUCUUCGAAGAUACGAGAAUAUACUUGUCGCAGCUGAUCUUAUUUCAGAAGCAUUGUCAUCCGUAACCCAUCGUGCUAUGGCUAUUAUGGCUUCAAAUGGACGUAUUUCAGGCUCUGCAGCGGUAGUAUAUGCUCGGUAUCUGUUGAAAAAGUAUAGCAGCUUGCCUAGUGUCGUUGAAUGGGAGAAAAGUUUUAAGGCAACAUGUGACAAGAGACUUAUUGCAGAACUUGAUCCAGGGAGUUCAUUGGAUGGAGAGUUGGGGCUUCCACUUGGAGUUCCUGCAGGUGUGGAGGAUCUUGAUGAUUUUUUUAGGCAAAAGAUUGGGGGUGGUCGACUCUCUAGGGUUGGAAUGAAUAUGCGAGAAUUGGUUGGGCGACAAGUUGACGAUGCCUUCCACUAUUUAUUUGGAAAAGAUAGGAAAUUCUUCAGUGUUGGUGCGCCAAAGGUUCUUGCUGCAGAGAAAUCAGAUGAGGGGUACCAGAUAGCUCACAAAAUAAUCACAGGAUUAAUGGAAUGCAUCAGGCAUACAGGAGGUGCUGCUCAGGAAGGUGAUCCAUCAUUAGUGUCUUCUGCUGUUUCAGCUAUUGUUGGUAAUCUGGGUUCAACUGUGUCUAAGAUGGCUGAUUUUAUAGUUGGAGGCAGCUCGAAUAUUCCAUCUGCUUCUGGUUCAUUGGACUUUGCUAAACGCAUUUUAUCCAUUCAUGUUACCUGCCUAUGCCUACUCAAGGAAGCUCUAGGAGAGCGUCAAAGCCGUGUAUUUGAGAUUGCUCUUGCAACAGAAGCCUUUUCUGCACUUGCUGGAGUAUAUCCUUCUGGGAAGACAUCAAGGUCUCAGUUUCAAUCAUUAGCAGAUCCCCAUGAUUCUAACACUCAUGUCUUUGGUGAUAACUCCAAAGUAAUAGUUGGUAGAGCUACAAAAGUUGCAGCAGCUAUUUCUGCACUUGUCAUUGGGGCAGUUAUUCAGGGGGUUUGUAGUCUAGAACGACUGGUAACACUCUUUAGAUUAAAAGAAGGAUUAGAUUUUAUUCAGUUUGUUAGGACUACUAGGUCAAAUGCAAAUGGAAACACCCGUACAAUGGGAAUGCACAAGAUUGAAAGUUCCAUUGAGGAUUAUGUACAUUGGUUUAGGUUGCUUGUUGGAAAUUGUAGAACUGUGUUUGAUGGGUUGAUUGUGGAGCUACUAGGAGAGCCAUCUAUUGUGGCACUUUUUAGAAUGCAACGGUUGCUUCCGCUUAGCUUGGUCCUACCUCCUGCCUAUUCUAUAUUCUCAUUUGUAGUAUGGCGCCCUUUUAUCUUGAAUUCUGCUGUUUCAGUUCGUGAAGAUGUGAAUCAACUGUGUCAAUCUUUAACAAUUGCAAUUGGUGAUAUUGUAAGGCAUUUGCCUUUUCGAGAUGUCUGUUUAAGGGAUAGUCAGGGUUUCUAUAACCAUUUGAUGAUAGAUACCAGCGAUGUUGAAUUUGCUGCCAUACUGGAGUUAAAUGGUUCUGAUAUCCCCUUGAAGUCCAUGGCCUUUGUUCCUCUACGUGCAAGGCUUUUCUUGAAUGCUAUUAUUGAUUGUAAGUUGCCAAGUUCUAUGUAUAAUCAAGAUGAUGGGAGUAGGAUAUCAGGAGUUGGUGAUGGCAAGGGUCAGUAUUCUGAGAGAAAAAUGAAGCUUCUAGACAGGCUUGUACAUGUUUUGGAUACCUUACAACCUGCUAAAUUUCAUUGGCAGUGGGUGGAACUUAGGCUUCUUUUGAAUGAACAAGCCAUUAUUGAGAAACUUGAGACACUUGAGACACGAGAUAUGUCCUUAGCUGAAGCUGUUCGUUUGGCAUCACCAAGUCCUGAAAAGGUUGCUGCUUCUGAUAAUGAGAAGAAUUUUAUUGAGAUUAUCCUAACAAGGCUGUUGGUCAGGCCAGAUGCUGCAUCUCUUUUUUCAGAUGUGAUUCAUCUUUUUGGCCGCUCUCUUGAAGAUUCAAUGUUGUUGCAAGCAAAAUGGUUUCUAGGAGGUCAAGAUGUUCUAUUUGGAAGGAAAUCAAUUCGACAGAGGCUAACUAAUAUUGCUGACAGUAAAGGUCUAUCAACUAAGACCAUGUUUUGGAAGCCUUGGGGUUGGUGUAUUUCUGGCUCUGAUACUUCCUAUCUUGAAGAAGGAGAGGUUGUCGAAGAAGGCACAGCUUCUAGAAAGUAUAGCCAAAAGUCUGUCCAAAUGCUUGACAAUGAGGUCUUGCAUUCCAGUCAGCAGUUUGUGACUGAAAGGGCUCUUAUUGAAUUAGUUCUUCCAUGCAUAGAUCAGAGUUCUGAAGAAUCACGCAACACCUUUGCUAAUGAUUUAAUUAAGCAGUUGAAUAAUAUUGAGCAACAAAUAAAUGCAGUUACUUCAGGGACAAGUAAACAAACAGGAUCUGUUCCUUCAGGGAUCGAGGGCCCUACAAGCAAAGGAAGUAGUCGCAAAAUGAAAGGUGGCAGUCCGGGAAUGGCUAGACGUUCAACUGGCUCAACAGAUUCUCCUCUACCCUCCCCUGCAGCUUUGCGAGCAUCAAUGUCGUUGCGUUUACAAUUAAUAUUGAGAUUACUCCCUGUCAUCCUUGAAGAUAGGGAGCCAUCAGGACGAAACAUGAGACAUAUGCUUGCCUCUGUUGUUCUUCGUCUUCUUGGCAAUCGAAUGGUUCAUGAGGAUGCAAACCUUACCUUUUGUCCCCCCCAUAGUUCGAUGGUAAAGAAGGAAGUAGAGUCACCUUCCGAAGCUUCAUUUGCUGCAUUUGCAGAUUUGCCAGGUGAAAGUCUUUUUGGUAGGAUGUUAUUGAUUCUACACGGGCUUUUGAGUAGUUGCCAACCGAGUUGGUUAGGUUUGAAGACUGCUGCAAAGUCGACCAAUGAAACAAGCAAGGACUCUACUGCUCUUGUUCGUGAACUGGCUGAAAGUUUACAGAAUGAAUUGCACUGCAUGCAACUACCUGAUAUGAUUAGAUGGCGUAUCCAAGCUGCAAUGCCAAUUCCACUUCCUCCUGGUCGGUGUUUUUUAUCUUACCAGCCACCAACAAUACAUCUUUCUGCCCUUUCUUCAUUUCAAUCCAGCAUUUCCACACCCGGGCAUGGUUCUGGAAACAGUAGCAUGCCUCAAGGGAGCAAGAUAUCAUCACCGAGAGUUAUUUCUAGCGCACCCGGGAAGUCGAAACCUUUGCCACCGCAGCAGGAUCAUGAUACAGAAAUUGACCCUUGGUUGCUUCUAGAAGAUGGUGCUGGAUCAAGUCAAUCUUCCAGCAAUGCUGCUGUAAUUGGUAGUGGCGAACAUGCAAAUUUCCGAGCAUCUUACUGGCUAAAAGGGGCUGUGCGGGUGAGACGGACAGAUUUGACAUAUAUUGGCGCAGUGGAUGAUGACAGCUGAUCUCUUAUUUACUGAUCUUUUUAUUUUAUUUGGAGCUAGCAAACCCCUCAUCAGGGUGCGGUUCGGAGGCUUCUUGUAUAUAUAGAGAUUAAUUGUUUCACUUUCACUGAUUUAUCCAAAUGAGAAAAAUCAUAAUAUGAUUUGUUAGUUGCAUGCUCAUUACUCUCCCUCCCUCCAGAUAAAGCUUUGCAGCUGUUUAUUUUGUAGAGGUAUGUUUGGAUUUCAUUUCUAGCAUCAUUUUGUGAACUAGAAGACAGCUAUUCCUUGCUUGGUUAUCUUAACUUACGAAUUGAGAGACUUCCUACUGUCAUAUGCUUCUGUAGGCAGAUUAACAAUACCACCACGCCCCGGGAUUUUCGACAUCAUUUUUUCAGUUUGCAUUUAUGCAUCUGCUCAGUUGAGUUCUUUGGGGGGGACUUAGAAAUAAAAAGCAAAAAAAAAAAAAAAAAAAAAAAAAAAAAAAAAAAAAAAUCAGGAAAUUGAAGUUUGGUUAUACCGCUUGCUUCUGUGUAUAUGUAUUUAUAGGCGGUAGGCCAAUGUAUUUUUGUGUUAUAUUUUGUUAUUUGUUCUCAUUGGACUUCUGAGAAUUGUCUUUCAGAUUAGAUAUAAGCUCCCAAUUCCAUUUA